UGGAAGCCGAGAAGAAACGUCGAAGACGUAACUAUCUCGGAGAAGCACUAGCAGGAGCAGGAGCAGAAGACGCCACCAGUCUUUCACGUUGCAACGAUGAGCUCAUUCAAGAAGGAGCACCCGUUCGAGAAGCGCCAAGCCGAGGCCCAGCGCAUCCGAUCCAAGUACCCGGACCGGAUUCCGGUCAUCUGCGAGAAGGCGGACCGUAGCGACAUCCCGGACAUUGACAAGAAGAAGUACCUGGUGCCGGCCGAUCUGACAGUCGGCCAGUUCGUGUAUGUGAUCCGAAAGCGCAUCAAACUGAGUCCAGAGAAGGCGAUCUUCAUCUUCAUCAACAACGUCCUCCCACCCACCGCGGCACUGAUGUCGAACAUUUACGAAGAACAGAAAGACGUGGAUGGUUUCCUCUACAUCACCUACAGCGGCGAAAACACCUUCGGUCAAUAGGCGCUGUCGGCGUGUGGGGACUGGAUUUUGGUUGAAGAUUUUUUUCGUCGUCGCUGUAGUGGACGGUGGGUUCUGCGCUCUUAAGCUGGGAGUCGCGGUACCGUCAUUCAGCAUCGGAUGUCCAAGCGUCUUUUGCACGAGGGUGAUGGCAAACUGAAGCGGGUAAAGGAGGGAAGCUUGAUUGCCUCAGGCUACUCGAAGCGCGACAAGAAGUAUUUGCUGCUGCGUGUGGUCCAUUCUUCUAAAGCUGGCGAUGUGGAUAUUUUCUUAGCAAAAAUAAACAGAAAAAUGCAUACAAUUCUAUUCACUCGCUCGCACC